CUAUCUAUCUCUCUUUCACUAACGGCUGAACAGGAGCAGUGACAACUCUUCCUCCUCCUCCUGGCGGGAUGGAGGGGUGCUGAUCGGGAGCCGCUUCAUCAUCACCGUCAUUACUGUCAGCACCGCCAUCACCAUCAUCAUCAUCAGCACCGGGAGCGGAGGGAGCGAGAGGGAGGAGCAGCUGCUCUCUGCGGGCUUAAAAAGUUGAGGAGGAUCCGGUUUAUCACCGGAGCUCCGGAGGGGCUCGGACCGCUGACACGGUGCCUCUGGAUUCUCUGGGAAACCCGCCCGCCGUGGUUCUGGAUGGAUUCGUUCUGGAUUCCGGGUCAAUAACGGACCUGCUGUUUUUGUUCAUCGCCCAGAACCUGCUGUCCGGCGGAUAAAUAAAUACUUUGUUGUUAAUUAUGUUUAACGGUUCGGCGGGGUGGUGACUGUUCCCUGGAGGAUUUACGGGGACCUGAACGGAUCAAUAACGGAUUUUCAGACGUGAGUCCGGUCCGGCGGCUUUCCGGAACGACUUUCACCGAGCCGAGCCAGGUCCAACGGAUCCCGGGACGGCUCCUCGGUGAGCGGCGACCGGCCUCCGCUUCCCCCGGGCGGAGAGGGCGAAGCGCGGGCAGCACAGCAGGUGUCAGGAGGGAAUGUCCCCGGGUCUGGACAGGAGGGACCGAAGAUUACCGAGCGCUUCCGAACGAACCCAACGGCGGGAAAACGGGAGAAGUUCUCCGAGGAUUUUAUUGUUUCUUUAAAAUCAGCAAAUCUUUAUUGAGCAGAUUAGUCUGUUCUCAGUAACGAUCGAGUCAUCCUCAAAAUAGCUGCAGGAUAAAUUUUCCAAAUCUUCACCUGUUAUUUAUAUCCUAUUUAUGGAUUUAAACCAAACAGUUAAAUCAGUUUAUAUCAAUAAAUACCUAUUAAAAUGUAAUCUGUUAUCAAUAAACCCUAAUCCAAUUUUAAUAAAUGUCAAUUCCAGUUAUCGAUACAUUUCAAGUCUCUUAACUUCAGUUCUAAUCCCAUUUUAAUCAACAUCAACCCCUUUAAUCCUGAUUAUCAGUCAGAUUUAAUCCCAUUUAUCAAUCAGUUCUAAAGCCAUUUCUGUUAGUUUUAAUCCUGAUUAUCAAUCGAUUCUAAUCCCAUUUCAAUCCAUCUGCCACACCAGGCGGGAGGAGUGAACGGUCUCUUCCUCUGUGAAAUAAACCCACAUGCUGGCUGUAAAUUAUCCACUUAAACCUCUCCAGAGUAGAAACUGUGAGCCAGAGCCUGCAGUGAGGGUUAUUAAGCGCCACAUAUUACCACUAAAUGCUCUGAUUAUUUCUAAUAAGAGCAGACAAAGCUUAAACUACUCAUCUGGAUAGUUUUAACAUUUUUCCAAUAAACUUACACUAGAAAUUGAACUUUAAGCCUGAAGAAAUUUAGCAAAUCCUGCAAACAGUGGCUUUUGUCUAUUAGAAUGAAUUUAUGAUGCAAACUCUGUUAGUAAAUGAGAUUUUGAUCUAAUUUAAAAGUCCUGACUCAACAGCUCCACUCUGACCUUAAUGUUCAGGAAGGCGUUUUAAUCUCCAGCUGUGUCGUCGUUUUAAACCCAAGAGGGUCUGAAUGGGCUUUAUUUAUGCUUUACUGCAGGUCUGGAGGAGCUUUAACUCUGAGCAAAUUAACUUUACAGCCACCUGCGGACAAUAAGCCGAAGCUUGGGCUCUCCUGCGUUCAGUGAAGCUUUGGUUGAUGAGCUCUCUUGUUGGACGUGUAAAACUCAGCUGAACUCUUUCAUCCUUUUUUGUUUUGAUGCAACUUCUGCUAAAAAAAAAGUCAGGAAAACUGAGUAUUUUUCCGGUGGAGGUUUCUAAUUUAGCUUCGGCAGCUGGUUUUCUGUGAGACUCUAUGGAUGGUGUUCUCGCUGGAUAUCCACAUCCUCAACUGCACACCUCCUCUUCUUCCUCCUCCUCAUCGUCUUUCUCCCUCUCAGUGUCCUGUACAGGAGAAAUCGAGCCAUGAUACAUUGAUUUUCUUCUCGCCGCAAAACCAAAACGCACACGACCAUCUCAUCCAUCCUGGCUUGUCAGGUUCGUUGGCUGAAAUGUAAGAAGGGGUCAGUCCUGAAGGACGUUUAUCACCGUCCGACAGUUAGGUCAGAGGUCAUACCAACAAGCAAGCGGCUCAAUCACCCAUCAAAUCAUCUGGAAACCAGUCUGAUCGGAGCGUAGAUGAAUGCUUUUCUGAACUGGUUUCCAUAGGAACGUUUAAUGCUCAAUGGGACUCAACGACAGCAGCCCCGGCGCCAUGCGGAACGGCCGCGGCCUCUCCGACCAGUGGGCGGAGUCGGUGGUGGUCCGGCCUCGUACCACAGAGCGCCACAUCACGGUGCACAAGCGUCUGGUUCUGGGCUUCGCCCUGUCCAUCAUCACCCUCAUAAUCGUGACGGCGGUGGCUGUGGCGCUCAGCGUCCGCUUCGAUGACUGCGGUGGACAGGAUCGUGGCGGAGGCAGAGGGGAGACGGGCUCCAGAGGGUCCGGAGGGUCGGGAAGACUCAACGGGAGCAGAGGGGAGAGGACGGGAGACAGAGGAGACGAAGAGGUGGUGCAGCCAUGGAAAAACUCCCGGCUUCCGGGGUCAGUGAGGCCGCGGCACUACGACCUGCGGCUCUCCGUCUACAUGGACAACUUCACCUUCUCUGGAGAGGUCAGCAUCGAGCUGGAGUGCUUCAACGCCACCAGGUUCAUCGUGCUGCACGCCGACCGCCUUGAGGUGGACCGGGUUUCCGUGGCAGCGGAGAGCGGCGCCGGCGGCCGGGCCGCCAACAGGCCAGGGGGCGGAGUCAUGCGCGUCCACCGCCACUUCCCCUUCCCGGCCAAUCAGAUGUACGUGGUGGUUCUGCACCGCGAGCUGAAGCCCGGCAGGCUGUACCGGCUCAACGUCAGCUUCGACGCCGCCAUCGAGGACGAGCUGCUGGGAUUCUUCAGGAGCUCCUACACACUGCAACGGGAGAGACGGUACCUGGCAGUGACCCAGUUCAGCCCGAUCCACGCCCGGAAGGCCUUCCCCUGCUUCGACGAGCCCGUCUACAAGGCCACCUUCUCCCUGAGCCUCCGCCACGACCCGCAGUACACGUCUCUGUCCAACAUGCCGGUGGACAGCAGCUGGCCGGACGAGGACGGCUGGCUGACCAGCCGCUUCGCCCGGACGCCCCGCAUGUCCACCUACUACCUGGCCUGGGCCGUCUGCAACUUCACCUACAGGGAGACGCAGACCAGCGGCGGCGUGGCGAUCCGUCUGUACGCCCGGCCGGACGCCGUGUCCAGCGGCGCCGGCGACUACGCUCUGCACAUCACCAAGAGGCUGCUGGGAUUUUAUGAGGAUUACUUCAAAGUGCAGUACUCCCUGCCGAAGCUAGACCUGCUGGCGGUGCCCAAACAUCCCUACGCCGCCAUGGAGAACUGGGGCCUCAGCGUCUUCGUGGAGCAGAAGAUCCUGCUGGACGCCGACGUGUCGUCAUCGUCCUACCAGAUGGAGCUCACCAUGGUGGUCGUCCAUGAGAUCUGCCACCAGUGGUUUGGCGAUCUGGUGACGCCGGUGUGGUGGGAGGACGUCUGGCUAAAGGAAGGCUUCGCGCAUUUCUUCGAGUACGUCGGCACAGAUUUCCUCUUCCCAAAGUGGAACAUGGAGAAGCAGCGGUUCCUGACCGAUGUCCUCCACGAGGUGAUGCUGCUGGACGGACUCAGCUCCUCCCAUCCCAUCUCUCAGGAGGUGGAGCAGGCGACGGACAUCGACCGCGUCUUCGACUGGAUCGCCUACAAGAAGGGGGCGGCGCUGAUCCGGAUGCUGGCGAACGUGAUGGGGCAGCCGCUGUUCCAGAAGGGACUCAACGAUUAUCUCCUGAGCCACAUGUACGGCAACGCAGCCAGAGACGACCUUUGGAGUAAACUGACUCAGGCCAUGCGCUCAGAGGGGCGGGACAUUGACAUUGGAGAGAUGAUGGACAGAUGGACUCUACAAAUGGGCUACCCUGUCGUCACCGUCAGCAAGAACCAAUCAGAGCAGCUGCCAACCCAUUACAUCACCGUCACCCAGGAGCACUUCCUGUACGGAGAGGAAGUCAGAAACAACCUCAGUUUACAGUGGCAGGUCCCAUUGACCGUCGCCGUGGGAAACGCGUCGGCGGUCCGCCUGGAGAGCCUCAUCUGGAUCAACAACAGGACAGAAACCCACAGGAUUGGUCAGAUGGAUGACAGCACCUGGCUGCUGGGAAACAUCAACCAGACCGGCUACUUCCGCGUGAACUAUGACCUCCAGAACUGGAAACUGCUCAUUCAGCAACUCCACAACAAUCCUCAGAUCAUUUCUGUUGGAAACAGAGCUGGUCUCAUCGACGACGCCUUCAACCUGGCCAGGGCGGGGUACCUCCCACAGGGCGUUCCUCUGCAGCUGAUUGGCUACCUGCCGGAGGAGACGUCCUUCCUGCCGUGGCACGCCGCCAGCCGGGCGCUGUACCAGCUGGACAAACUGUUGGACCGCACAGACGACUACAGGCUGUUCAGCGACUACGUGCUGAAGCAGGUGGCGUCCCGGUACCAUCAGAUGGGCUGGCCGACAAACGGACCGGGAACAGAGGGAAACAUCCUGCAGGCGUCGUACCAGACAGAAGAGCUGCAGCGAGAGCUCAUCAUGCUGGCCUGCAGCUUCGGGAACAAGCAGUGCCACCGCCAGGCCGUCGCCUACAUCUCCGACUGGAUCUCCAGCAACAAGAACAGGAUUCCUCCCAACAUCCGGGACAUCGUUUACUGCACCGGGGUCAGCCUGAUGGACGAGGACGUGUGGGAGUUCAUCUGGAUGAAGUUUCACUCCACCAGCGCCGUCUCAGAGAAGAAGAUCCUGCUGGAGGCGCUGACCUGCUCCGACAACACCUUCCUCCUCAACAGGUUACUGAAUCUGUCUCUGACCUCUGACCUCGUCCCCGAGCAGGACGUGAUCGACGUCAUCAUCCACGUGGGACGAAACCCUCAAGGUCGGAACCUGGCCUGGAAAUACUUCAGAGACAAGUGGGACAUCCUGAACGCCCGAUACGGAGAAGCUUUGUUCAUGAAUUCAAAACUCAUCGGUGGAGUGACAGAGUUCCUGAACACGGAGCGAGAACUUAAUGAGUUAAAGGAGUUUAUCCAGUCCAGCGGCGUGGGGGCGGGGCCUGCGCUGCCCCGAGCCUUGGAAAUCGUAGAGGGGAACGUCCGUUGGCACCGCCUCCACCGGCGGCACUUCUACCAGUGGCUUCGCAAACCUCCAAGCUCCACCUACGGCUAACGCUCCGCUGGCUCGCUGGAGCGAAGCUAGCUGCACUCUGACUGCUAAGCUAACGCACUUCUAGCUAAUGGACGCACUCAAAACAACUGGCCUGCCUGGCUCAUGGGCUGGUUUCUGAACUGGUUAUGUUUUAAAAGAAGUUUAAUGUGUUCAUCGAUGGUGUUUCUCAACAUGAAGCCCUUGUGGUCAAAUUGUGCUGUAAAAACGUGACAACAGUUGAUCCAGGCUAGCAUCCAGGCUAGCAUCAAAGCUAGCAUGGGUUAGCGAGCCUCGGAUUUUAUAUCCGUCAACAAAAUAACAACCAACAAAAUGUAACAACAAAAACUUUGGAAUUUAAAGAAAACCAGAAUAUUUGGCCACUAUACCCUUAAGCUUUCACAUUUAAUUUCUUUACAUUGAAAAGAAGUAAACUGAUUGCUAACAUCUCGAAUUCAAUUAAACAUAAGCCAUAUAAGUGAUAUAAAGUUUAAAUGGUAAAUCUGUGGACUGAUGAAACUUUUUGUUUCUAGAGGUUGGUGAAAUUAAACAUAAUUGGGUUUAAUUUCAAAUCCCUAGAAGAGGAUCGUGUGAAAUAUGCAUCUACAGGCGUUAGUGGGAGAUGUACGCGACGUUAGCCGCAUUAAUACCGGAAGGACUUUGAGGCAAACAAUCUUAAUAGAUGGAAAAAAGAAACAAUUAAUGUGCAAAGAUCUACUGAUGAUGCCAGUGAAAACAAAAUACUUUCAAUAUUUCAGUUUCCAAAUGUCUUAAUCAGUUGCUGUGGUUUUUAGAAAGAUCUGAAACCUCUCAAAAUUAGUAGCAAUGUCUGUAAGUUGAAGAGUUUAGAACUUUAACUGGCCAAUCAGAGCAGACGGCCUCAUCAGACCUCCAGUCUGGACCAAUCAGAGCAGACGGCCUAAAAUCAACCUACAAACAUUCUGAACAAAGAUUUUUGACUUUCGAAUGAAAAACCUUUCUGCGUGAUAAAAUAUCAGAGAUUGAGUUCAAAUGUGACUUUUGUUUUCUUUAUUUAACCAGCUUCCAUUUGACGGCAUGUCGAUCAGAGCUGUUAUUAACGCGGUUUGAACCAGAUCUCCUCUGUUCACAGCAUUCAGAAAACUCAUUCAGACUCAUUAGCGCUUCGCAGCAUUCACACUGACGCAGCUGGAAGUCAAAAACUUCAACACAAAAACUUCAGCGGUUUGAAGCUUUUGCUGCUUCAGAACGGGAAACAAAACAACAAAAAGUAAUAAAGAUGACGGCAGCGUGGAGCCCCACCUGUGCAGGAAUAAUUGUUCUCUGAUGAGCGACGAUGUUCUGGUUGGUCUUUGGCUUUAAUGAGCUGAAAACGUCUGAAGAGAAAACAAAACAGAAAUGGCUGCAACAUGAAAGACACGAUGCUGUCAUUUCAUCCUGGCAGGUUGGAAAAUAACAGGUUUGACAAACAUUUGAAGUCUAAAUGUCCAACAGCAUUUUAGACAAAGCUAUUAAUUAUACAUCAAAGUCUCAAUUUUCACUCAUUUUUCUAUUUAAGGCAGAGAUCAAUUUUCCAUUUAUAAAUGUAUAAAUUACCUCAUUAUUGUUAAAGUCCCAUAAACUUAACAUUUUAUGGGGUGUAACUGAAAUCCAGUUGAUUUACACGGUUAAAAUGUAAAUUAAGAAAAAUAAACUGAAAGGGAAACAUGGAUGUUGUUAAAUAAUUUCAAUAUUUUCUCUUUCAUUUUCUGUUAUGUUGCAGAUCAAGUUUGUUCAGGAAAGUUUUUCUGCUUAGUUGCUGCUGUGAUUUUGAGACUUCAUGACGCUGCAAAGUUUUAUUUUUAUUAAAAACGAUCCGACCGAAAUGACGGCAAUGAAACAAGUUAUAGUUUUAAAAUAGUUUAUCGCCAAGCGUCCGAAACUGCAGAGCAACUGGAUGUUUAUUGGCUGAAUUUGUAUUUAUUUAAAAUGAAAUUUGAUCCAUUCGAUUAAAAAUAAAUUCUGAUUUUCAAUUAGAAAGGAUUUAUUUUUAUUUUUCUGAAAAAGAAAGAAAUGACAAAAAGUAACUUUUAUUAUUUGAAUCAUUUCUUCUGAAAACAGACAAGAUGCUGGUUUUUGGGCAAGUUGACAAAAUAUAGAAAAAUAGAUUUUCCAAAACUCUUCAAAAAGUUGAUGACAUUAUUUGCAUAUUUAUGCAUAAUGAGUUUAUAACAUCUGAGCUAAAAUAAAAUCUGCUGCCUCGGCUGAUCCCAUCCGCGUUAAAGAUUUGGUUGUUUUAUAUGAUGUUGCUUUUUACAGCAGAUUACUGAUGUUGACCCGAUUGGACCUGAUGGACCUCAGGGUUCGGCGCUGUGAACUUUGAACUCAUCCCACAAAUCUGCUUGUCUUCAGCGCAGCAGAGUUUUUGGACGCAUUUUUGGAACAAAUCACGAACUUUACUUGGAUUGUACCGUUUCUUUUGCUCUGGAGAAACUGAACUUUUGGACGGAUCUUGACAGAACAUUUCCAGAACAUUUCCAGAACCUCGGACCGGAGAAACGUUUUGGAGAUGCUCCUCUGCUGAUCCAGCUUUGAUGUUCGUAACUGAGCCAUAUAUGAAUGAACGGGCCUCUUUCCGUACAUCGUGUCCAGUGGUGUGUGCUCGUGAUGAAGAUGAUGAUGAUGAUGGGAACGGCUAAUUAUGAUUCUGGUCAUCUCUAAUUGGACCAGGAGGAAAGAAUGACGGCGGCUGCGAUUAGCGUCCAGUCAGAGAAAUCAGGUUUACAGGCAUUAAAAGCACAGCACCUGUACAGUAAACACUGUAAAUUAUACAAACGUGAUAUUUAAAGAGAAAGUGCAAUCUGAAACUGUCUGUGUUGGUAAAAAUGGUGUUUAUGACUGAAGGCGCACGAUCAAAAUCUGAAGGAAACAGGAAGUUGCAGGCAACAUUUUAGCCCAACUUCCUGUUUGCGUUGUGUUGGUUUCUUGUGUUGGACCGUAUUAAAAUAAAAACAACAAAAAUUA